AUGGAACGAUCUGAAGUAUAUCCUGAAAACCUUACUAUCGAUGUAACACUCCAUUCCGCAAGUGGAGACGGCUGUUGUGUAUACACCCUUAACAACACAAUCGAUAUUUCCACACCAUGUUUAGAAACCAGCCUAUAUAUGAUUGUAUGUUUCGACAGCAACGCACUGGUUUCGGGUAUUAUCAAGGGAUAUAUCACAGGAAGAAGUUUGAACUUAAUAGACAUCGAAAAUAUGAGAUAUAUAGCUGGAAGAGGCUUUAGUUUGUCAAGCCUCGUCGAAAAUACGAGUCAAUUUAAUGAAGGAAGCUUACGCUCGCCAAACUUCGCCGAAAACUCGAAUUAUAUUAAUGUAGGAGGUCUGGACUCGUCAAGCUUCGUUGACGAGACGGGUUAUGUUGUCGAACAAGGCUUGCAUUCAUUAGAUUUUAUCGACGAAAACGUGGGCCACAUCAUUGGGGAAAGCUUUGGCUCAUUGGAUGUAGCCGAAAACACGAGUUACAUCAUUGGAGAAAGCUUGAGCUCGUUGGGCGCGGGCCACAUUGGAGAAAGCUUGAGCUUACUGGGCGCAUCCGAAAACACGAGUCACAUCAUUGGAGAAAGCUUGAGCUC